CUGUUUCUCAACCAUCCUUCCACUUCCCAUCAUCAAUGGCCACAAUCAACCUCUCUCCGGUCCGAACCAUUUCUUCAUCACUUCACUUACUAUCUAAUCGUUCCCAAAAUACCCCUACACUUUCAUUUUAUUCUCAUGCCAAACCCUCCCUCCCUUUCCCUUCCAUCUCCUUACAAAAACCCUCCAAUUCAGUAAUUAAACACCGUGCUCUAAUUAUUUCUGCCGCCGUUAAGAGCCUCUCGGAAACGGAGUUAGUUACCGUCCCUUUGACGGCCGACAAGUUUUCCCCCAAGUUAGGGCCUGAAUCUGGCGUAUACGCCGUUUAUGAUAAGAAUAAUGACGUUCAAUUCAUUGGUAUUUCACGGAAUAUUGGCGCUAGCGUCUUCUCUCACCUUAAGUCCGUGCCGGAGCUAUGCUGCUCCGUUAAGGUUGGAGUAGUCGAUGAACCUGAUAGAACGACCUUAACUGAAGCAUGGAAAUCGUGGAUGGAAGAACACAUAAAAACUACUGGAAAGGUUCCGCCCGGAAAUGAAUCAGGGAACGCCACAUGGGUCAAACAGCCACCAAAAAAGAAGGCUGAUCUCCGCCUUACGCCUGGCCGCCACAUGCAGCUUACAGUUCCGCUAGAGGACCUUAUCGACCGGUUAGUGAAGGAGAAUACGGUGGUGGCUUUUAUUAAGGGAUCACGAAGUGCCCCGUUGUGUGGAUUCUCUCAAAGGGUAGUUGGCAUUCUCGAAAGUCAAAGCGUAGAUUACGAGAGCGUUGAUGUUCUUGAUGAAGAAUACAAUUAUGGAUUGAGGGAAACUCUAAAGAAGUAUAGCAGUUGGCCUACGUUUCCGCAAAUUUUUGUCAAUGGUGAGUUGAUCGGAGGAUGCGAUAUCUUGAGUUCCAUGCAUGAAAAAGGUGAGCUUGCUGGUUUGUUAAAAAAGUAGGCUCCUUAUUUAUUAGCUUGCACCAUUUCUGGAUUGUGGAGAUGUAAUUGAACAAAAUGACACUACGAGAGUUCAUCAAAUGUUUAUACUUUGUGUUGUUUA